AUGCCAAAAGUCAAGUCUCAAAAAUUUGGUUAUUCUCAUGAACGUCAAGUAAAAAAUGUUGGAAAAGGCUCUCUUGGUAAUAAAAGCUCUGAAGUAGGUCGUUCUCUUGCACCUUUAUUUAAUAAAGAUUUAGGUCAACAUAUUUUAAAGAACCCACUUGUCGCCCAAGGAAUAAUCGAAAAGGCAGGCUUAAAAAGUACAGAUACAGUACUUGAAGUAGGUCCUGGUACAGGAAAUUUAACGGUUCGAAUUUUAGAAACAGCAAAAAAAGUUAUUGCUGUAGAAAUGGACCCAAGAUUAUCCGCUGAAUUGGCCAAACGUGUUCAGGGAAAACCCGAACAAAAACGAUUGAAUAUAAUGGUUGGAGAUUUUCUUAAAACGGAUUUACCAUAUUUUGAUGUUUGUAUAAGUAAUACACCUUAUCAGAUUUCAUCGCCACUUAUAUUUAAACUUCUUGAGCAUCGACCAUUAUUUCGAUGUGCCAUAUUGAUGUUUCAACGCGAAUUCGCUAUGAGACUAAUAGCCAAACCUGGAGAUAAUUUAUAUUGUAGGUUAAGUGUAAACGUACAAUUAUAUGCAAAAGUAAAUCAUAUAAUGAAGGUUGGAAGAAAUAAUUUCAAGCCUCCACCACAAGUUGAAUCAUCAGUAGUUCGAAUCGAACCACGUAAUCCUCCGCCGCCGAUUGAUUUCAAAGAAUGGGAUGGACUAAUGAGGAUUGUGUUUGUUAGGAAAAACAAGAUGCUGGCAGCAAACUUUAAAACUACUUCGGUUUUGCAGAUAAUUGAAAAUAAUUACAAGACAUUUUGUUCCACAAAUGACAUGAUGAUAGAAGAUACUUUAGAUAUAAAAGCAAAGGUCAUUAAUGUAUUAAAAUCAGUCAACAUGGCAGAAUCUAGAGCUUCGAAAUUGGAUAUUGAUGAUUUUCUUAAGCAAACAUUCACUUUUGUUAAAGUUAUUUUUGAGGUACGAUUAUAUUAA